AAUUUCGAAAACCACUCCGUUUCUUGUCGAGAGAUUACCAGAAAUGUUCUUCGGCGAUUCGCAGGAUCCAGACCUCGAACCUGCAGAGGAAGAAGACGAUCAAAAUCGCUACAAUUCUCCACAAUCUUGCUCCCAUGGCCACCGAUCGUCGCUCUGCCUCCAUACUCAGGAAGGAGGAACGAUUUGCCUCCUCUGCUUCUCAAAUCUCAUCUCCGAUCCUCUCUCUCCCACAGUUCACGUCUCUUAUGCGCUUUCCCAGCUCUCCCAGGCUCUUGCUCAGCCGCCGUUCCUACGCACCUUCCUCACUUUCCACUCUCACUUCAUUGUCUCCCCCUUCGUCGCCGCGCUCUGCUGCUUCGAUGACGAGCCGAUUGCUCGCCAACUCACUGAUCUUGUUCGCCAGCUCUGUGAUUUCAGUGCCGCUGACGGUGACGGAUCUCUUUCCGAGGAUUUUAUCGCCAGAGUUUCCGAUCGGCUUUCGUCUGGUGCGUUGGCUUGGAGUCGUCGUCAGGUGUAUAUGCUUCACUGCUAUGGAAUGCUUCUGAACUAUCGGACAAAGAAUCUCCAUGACCUAAUUAAGAAGAACGAUGGGCUCUUAUCUAAUCUCGUGGCAGGCCUUGAAUUGCCAAGCGAGGAGAUACGGGGAGAGAUCCUCUUUGUUCUAUACAAAUUGUCCACUAGCACUGAAAUUGACGUUCUCUCUGAAUUUUGCCCAAAACUUGUGUACCUAUCUUUGGAGGCGCUGAUGAAGACUCAAAAUGAUGAUGUCAGAUUGAACUGUGUAGCACUUCUAACUGUUCUGGCUCAAAGGGGGUUCUUGGGAAAUGAACAUGCAAAAUAUUUGAAGUUUAACGAAAAGGAUCAAGGUGAACCUCCUUUGAAUACUUUGUUUGCUGAGGCCAUCAAAGGUCCUCUGCUUUCGUCAGACAGAGAGGUCCAACUUAGCACACUGGAGCUAAUAAUUCGUUAUUUGUCCUCACAAGUCGCUUCCAUCAAGGAGAUCCAAUUAUUAGUUGAAGAAAAUAUAGUGGAUUAUGUAUUUGAGAUAGUACGAUUUUCAGAAGGUAAGGAUCCCCUGGCAAAGGUUUGUGUUCAGGCCCUUGAUCUUCUUUCAAGAGCUGAACAGCCCUUCAAUCAAAGGCUUGCGGUCGGAUUUGCAACACUAAUCCCAGUUUUGCGUCAUGUUGCUGAAGUUCCUUUCCACCCGGUUCAUAACCAAACUCUUACUCUCAUUUGGAAAUGCAUUUCUCGGUGUCCUGGAGUAGUGUCUGCAUCUCACAUUGAAGAACUAGUUCUUAUUUUGACGAGUAUGCUCCUUAGGAAUGUGAAUGGGGAGAUGGGCUUACUUCCAGACACAUUCGCAACAACCUGCUCAAUCUUGGUUACAGUUAUGAAGUCUCCAUCUCACAGGGUGCCUCAUCUGGCAAGAUCAGUUCGAGAAGUACUAGAACAUUUAGUUUCAUUUUGUCUUAGUACUUUUGAGGCACAGCCAACUCAGCUCUUGCAUUCCUUAUACCUUCUCAAGGAGUUCUACGUGUAUAGUCAUGACAAUAGUUUCAUCGACGACCCCACCACCAAAGAUUUGCAAAAUUGUGUUCUUGAAGUAUGUACAACACAUUUAUUACCUUGGGUUUUAGCAACUAUUAACGUAGUUGAAGAUGAACUUGUCUUGGGGGUAAUGGAAACUUUUCAUUCGAUUUUGCUCCAAGAUCCUGACAUCAGGAUCCUUGAUUUUGCAAACACGCUUCUAUCAGUUUCUUGGUUCAGUUUCUCUUUUACAUGUCUAGGCUUAUUUCCUUCUGAAAAGAUGAAAUGGAGAGUGUAUCUAAUGCUUAGUUCUCUUGUGGAUGUCAUGUUCGGAAAUGAUUCUGGACAAUGCAUUAGAGAAUCUGUAUCAUUUCUGCCAUCUGAUCCAAUUGAUUUACUGUUUCUACUUGGACAGAAAAGCUCCAAUGACUUGGAGCUCUCUUCUUGUCAAUCUGCCAUCUUGCUGUUACUAUACACAAGUUCAUUACACGAUGAUAGACUUGCUGAUGAGAAGAUGGUCUUAGCGUCUCUGGAACAGUAUAUUCUUGUCAGCAACAGUGGCUUGCUUUGUGGGUACCCUGAUCCAUUUACAGUCACACAAUUGGUGAAUAUAUAUGGUUUUUGUAGGUUUGUUGCUGACACUAGUUGCCAGAUCUCCUACAGUCCAGAAGCUGAGAGGAUAGUGUUCCAACUGGUGACUGAAAGUGAAUGGGAUUUGCAUUCUUCAAGGAUUCACUGGUCGUCGUUGAAAUGGUUGUUUAAACAAGAGAGAAUCAGAAACCCGUUAUGUUAUCAGGUUUUGAAAAUAUGCCAACUCCUUGGCGCAAACGGGACCGCCACUGCCACCAUCCACAAUCAGUUUAUUGGUGCGCGAGAAAUAGCAAAAUUAGUUGCAGAAGGAGAAAAUUAUGCUGCAAUCCUUCUGAUACGCUUGCUGGAACAGCUCGUUGAGGAAGGUGUCGAACAUGAAAUAAGUUCGGUGGUGAAUUUUUUGUCAACCAUCGUGAAUAUCUUUCCAAGUUCCGCAGAUCAAUUACGUGUGCAUGGCAUAGGAAAUGCAAUAAAGCUUCUAUAUUACGAUACUAAUAAUUCAUACUCGAAACAGACAUUUAAAGCUGUCUUACUGUUGGUUUUCAGCAUUUUGAGAUCAAGCCAUUCUGGAAUACUUUCCGACGAUGAAGCUUGGCUUGCAGUCACUGUGAAGCUGGUCGAUUGCCUUUCUCCAAUUGAUAUAGCGGAUAGGUGGACUCCUGAAAAUCUCUUAGUUCUUGCUAUUUUAUCCUUGAUUCUGCACCACUCAACGAAUGGAGGACUCAUUGAAGCUUCAAAAUCCGUACUUUUUCAUACUCCCGUGGCAUCUGCAAUCAAGUCUGUGUUGCAUGAAGCUUGCUCAAAGGGGCCUGCUUUAAUUGAUGAUCACGAAGGAACAAACAUGGGAAAAACUGUAAUUCUUGUUCUUUUUCUAGUUUACUUUUCGAUGAGAAGUCUUCAAGCUGUUCUACCCGAGGUUGUCAAUUGGCAAAACAACCUUGGUCAAUCAAAUGGAACACCGCUCUCUUCCAUUGGCAUCACCUGCCACGAUUUGUGUAGACUCCUGCAUUUUGGAUCUGCUUCGGUUAAACUCGUGGCUUCAUAUUGCCUGUUGGAGUUGUUUACUCGACUAUCAGAGCAGAGAACUAGCAAACAGGAGGAGCUGAGAUGCACCACAAAUUACCUUAUGUCCGUGAUCGCGACAUUGGAAGGCCUGGUUGUAUACGGUGACCAUCGUGUUGCUACGAAUUGUAGCCUGUGUUUAUCGAUGGUUUUAGGGUGGAAACAAAUGAAUAUGCAGGAGGCGAGGGUUAUUGUAAAGAACAAGUGGUGUAGGAUAAUCGUUGAAGAAUGGGCAGCUUCCAUAUCUCUUCCAUCUUUGGCUCCAAAUGCGAUCAUUGGUCACAAACCUGCGAUUUAUGUUACAGCGGCGUUUUUGAAGCUGCAGAAGGAUUUUGUAUGGAUGCGAUCAAUAUUUGAUAAAGCAUGCAUCUCUAGCAUAAUUCAAAAUGUCACAACCAGCAAUUUGAGCCCGGAGAUGGUAUCUUUCUUCCGGGAACUAUUGAACUCUGAGUUCCUGCAGGCAGAUCAAAUUGCCAGCCUAAAUUCGGUUCUUCAGGCUUGCAGGAAGCAGAUGUACUAUGAGAAUGAUGGGGGUGCUCAAACAGAGGAAGAAAUCGGGAAUCUGUUUGCUAAUGUGGAUGAUCUGGGAGACGUUUGUAAGUAUCUCCUUCACUUGAUCAUGCAAUCAGGCUCGCAUGAGAAUAAAGGAUUAUUAAACGAAAUAGAGUUGUUUUUUAGGGCUUUAGCAGUGAAGGAUCACAACUAAUCUGUCAUUUGUACUAAUUGAUUCAAGUGAAGUACUAACUAUUGGGAAUACAUCAAAUUUACAACA